GGAUUAACCCGGUUUGGUUUACCAGACGACUCACAGACAUGACAUCAGAAUCCGAUUUUAGCCGUGGCCACAAAAACAUGGUUCCUUAACCGCUGGACAGAGUGUGAUCCCCCACACUCGUCCAUCCCACUCUGCCAACACGGAAAACUAUUUGAGUGACCUCAGCGCGCUCACUCCAGGCUCAUCAAACAGGAAGGACACAUCUGUGGGUGAGCAGCCAUGGAGCUGCCUCACCUCCUCCUCCUCUUCCUCAUCUCUUCCCUCCGCUGCACAUCGCUGCCUCAGAAUUCCCCCCAAGGGGAUGAUGCCUCCGUGGGCACCUCGCUGCCAGCAGUGGCUGCAGCAGGUCCCAUCCUGCACAACCGGCCUUUCAUCUUGGUGUGGAACAUGCCCACGGCAAACUGUCUGACGCGCUACAACAUCCACCUGGACCUGGGAGAUUUUGAUAUUGUGAAGAACCACAAGCAGCGCUUCCAGGGACAGGAAAUGACCAUCUUCUACCGUGACCGCCUGGGGAAGUAUCCAUACCUCUCCCAAGAUGGCAGGAAAGUGAAUGGAGGACUCCCUCAGCUCGGUGACCUCGCCGCUCACCUUUCCCUCACAGUGACGCAGAUGUCUGACCUCCUGCGACCAGAUUUCAGCGGUCUAGCUGUCAUCGACUGGGAGGAAUGGCGGCCACUGUGGGAGACAAACUUCGGGCCUAAGAUGGAGUACCGGAGGUUGUCCAAACUGCUGGUGAAACAGGAGCGACCAGAUUUGUCAGAGCAGGCAGUGGCAACGUUGGCGAGGCAGAUGUUUGAGGAGAGCGCUCGGAAAGUUAUGGAGGAGAAGCUGCAGUCGGGUAGAAAACGCCCCAAAGGCCUCUGGGGGUUUUAUGGGUUUCCUGCCUUUAAUAAGCACAAGAGAAAGACAGAUAAAAUCUACACGGGACGUUGCCACAGGGGGACCAGACAGCAGAAUGAUGAUGCUGUUCUGGCGCUGACUCAGUCCUCUGCCCCUCUACCUACCCACAGCAUCUAUCUGCCACAGAAACUGGCAGGGUCUGCAGAUGCAGCUCUGAUGGUCAGACACGCGCUGCUGGAGGCUUUGAGGGUGUCGUCACGUUGGCGCUAUCACAACAACACCGACCAAAACCCCGUCCUUCCCUAUGCCAGGCUGGCAUUCAACACACACUCAACUUCUCAUAAGCACACACUUGGGGAGAGUGCAUCACUCGGGGCAGCUGGAGUUGUACUGUGGGGAGAGCUGAAAUUUGCCAAAUCCAAGAAACAGUGCACCCUUCUCAGAGACUACGUCCACAAUGUCUUGGGUCCCUUUGUUCGAUCACUGAGAUCUCACACAGAGAGCUGCAGCCUCCAGCUUUGCCACGCAAUGGACGCUGCAACCAGGAGACACCUGGGCUCUGGUCACAGGCUCACUGACCCCUCUAAAACCUUUCCGCAACACUUUAUGUGUCAUUGCUACCCAGGCUGGUCUGGGGGAGGAUGCGACGAUGAGAUGAAUGAGAACGGACAGAAGGACGAUUGACCUGAGCUUUUGGCUAAGGUGCUUUCAGGCAGAACUCAUGGUCAACAAGACAAAAACACAUUCCUGUACAGGUACAGGUGAGGGAUACAAAGAUCCCCGUGCAGAGCUGUGAGGGCUCUUUCUUAGUUUUCUGGCUAAUCUGGCCUUCUCCUUCUUGAUUGUAACCCAUGGUUUGCACCUUGUUGUAAACAGUUGCAUUUCCAUUCGUUCAGGCAUCUCUUGAUUGCAGACUUAACAAUGAUACAUCUCAAGAGUGUUUUUUGACUCAGAUGCUGUGAAGUUGUUUUUCAUGGCAAUAAUUCUGUCAUCAUGCACUCAUGUUGUCUUCUGUGGUCUUUGGGGCCUUUGGGUGUUGCUGAGCUGAUCAGUGCAUUCAUUAUUGAUUUGAUCACUCCUAAAGUUUUUGCUGAGUCUGAUCAUUUUUUUCCAGCCUAAUGAUGGCGGCCCUCACAUGUGGAACUGAUUCAUCUCUUUGGGCCUCAUAUUUAAAAUUACAGUGAAAAGCUAUAAAUACAAAUUCAGCACUUUGUAUCAACUCCACGUAUACAUCUGCUUCAUUUGUCAUUAAUGAACAAGAGAACAGACCUCACCUGGCCAUGAAACUGUUUGUCAGUCAAUUGUCCAAUUACUUUCGAGCUCCUGAAAACGAGGACUAUGUAUAAAAAUGGCAGUAAUUCCUAAAUAGUUACUGCAAUACUUUGUUACCACUCCCUUGAAUUAAAGCUAAAAAUGUGCACUUCAGUCAAAUCUUGAUUGUUUGAUUUAAUAUCCACUGUGGUGCUGUACAGACGCAAAGAAAUAAAGGUUGUUUUUUUGUCCAACAAAUGAUUUACCUAACUGUAAUCUGCACUGACUGGACUUACAGUCCCUACAGUUUAACAAAUUACUAUAAAAACAGGACAUUUUUAUAGUAAUGUUCCAUUCUUCGUAGAUGCAGUUGAAUGCAGUAAAUGCUAAUACGACAAAGCUUAACAGACCACAUUAAUAAUAAUAAGCUACAUUUU